AUGUCUCAACAACCCGAAGGCGAGGCCUUGGUCUCGUCCUUGUGGACUCGAUCACUUCUGUCUGGUGCAGUCGCCGGUCUCACUGUAGACUGCUCCCUCUACCCCCUCGACACUAUCAAAACCCGUCUCCAAAAGGCACGCGACCCCAACGCACCCCAGGCCGCCCGCCUCUCUCUUCGCCAAACAGUCCGCGGUAUUUAUGCUGGUCUCCCCUCUGUCCUCUGCGGCUCUGCGCCCUCCGCUGCCUCCUUCUUCAUCGUCUACGACGGCGUGAAGCGCUCUCUCCUCCCACCCCCAGGUUCUACCGAAACCCCCUCUCGCACGCACAUCUUCUUCACGCACUCCAUCGCCUCCUCACUCGGUGAAAUUGCCGCAUGCGCCGUCCGUGUCCCAACAGAAGUUAUCAAGCAACGCGCCCAAGCCGGUCUUUUCGGUGGUUCUACUCUUCUUGCCCUGAAGGAUAUCCUCUCUCUCCGCCAUGCCGCACCACAAGCACUUACUGGUAUUCCCCCAGUAGCUGGCACUAGCUCCCCCGUGAACACAAUUACAUCUACGAAACGCGGCUACGGCCAGGUUAUUCGGGAAUUGUACCGCGGAGCCGGAAUCACCAUCGCUCGGGAAAUCCCAUUUACCGUCCUGCAGUUUACUAUGUGGGAAUCUAUGAAGGAGGCCUACUCGAAGCGCUACCUACGACCCGUGGGCUCAUCGAAGUCUCUUGCUGACACGCAGAUCCCCGCUUCCACUAGUGCUAUGUUUGGUAGUGUGGCUGGUGCGAUUGCGGCUGGAUUGACAACUCCCUUGGAUGUUAUUAAGACAAGAGUUAUGCUCGCAAGGAGAGGUGAUGGGGUUGCUGAUGCGCCUGUGAGGGUUAAGGAGAUUGUGCGUGGAAUUGCGCAGGAGGGGAUGAGCGCUUUCUGGAGGGGUAUUGGACCCCGUGUGGCGUGGAUUGGUAUUGGAGGAGCGGUGUUCCUGGGUAGUUACCAGUGGGCGUGGAACACAUUAGAAGGGAGGAGAGAGCAGGAAUCAGAGUGA